CAUAAGAGAUUUUAGGGCUGAGUAAUGAUAUGAACUACAUGCCUUAAACUACAUCUGUACUACAACAAACAACAGUGUGGCUCGGAAUGCCACCGAAUUUAUGAGUCAUGAAGGACCCCUUUCUGUAUCUUUGUUGUACAAAUGUAGUAUAGGAUUUGUAGUAUACUUGGCAUUUCCAUUUAGGAUUUUAGUAUCAUAAGGUCAAACCUUGAUCUUUGAUAUAGUUACUAAGCAAUAUUAAGACAACUCAAGGGAGAUCCUUGCAACAUAAGAGAGACCUCAGCAAAUUUUUUGAAAAUGUACGUUUGUUUGCAGGCCAAAAGUAGUGGACAAUAAGGCAGAGGAACUUCCACCUCAGAGUAGUAUGUUUGUUGGCGACUCAUCUGCUACCAUGAAUAAUCCUGAAGAAUCUGAAUGGGACGUAUUUGGCAAUGAUUUGUAUGCUCCUGAAGUGGUCCCUACUCAGUCAGGUAAUCCAGGUGUAGAUGUCUCUUCUGCUAGUAGGAUUGAUGAAGACGACAAGCUUAAGGCAUUAAUUGAAACGCCUGCACUUGAUUGGAGCCGUCAAGGACAAGAUGGCUUUGGCGGUAGAGGCUUUGGAAGAGGCUUUGGGAGAGGGAUGAUGGCUGGUCGUGGCUUUGGUCGUGGUGGGUUUGAAAGGAAGACACCUCCUCCCGGAUACACCUGUCACCGAUGCAAAGUUCCUGGGCAUUUUAUUCAGCAUUGCCCUACAAAUGGCGAUCCAAAUUAUGAUGUUAGAAAGGUUAAACCACCUACUGGUAUCCCAAAGUCAAUGUUGAUGGCCACUCCUGAUGGCUCUUAUGUAUUGCCUAGUGGUGCAGUUGCUGUUUUAAAGCCAAAUGAAGCUGCGUUUGAGAAGGAAAUUGAGGGAAUGCCUUCUACCCGACCAGUCAGUGAUCUUCCACCUGAACUACGGUGUCCGCUCUGUAAGGAAGUUAUGAAAGACGCUGUAUUAACUAGCAAAUGCUGCUUCAGGAGCUUCUGUGACAAGUGUAUCAGGGACUACAUAAUUAGCAAGUCAAUGUGUGUUUGUGGAGCCACAAAUAUAUUAGCAGAUGACCUUCUUCCCAACAAAACGCUGCGAGAAACCAUUAGUCGCAUAUUGGAGUCAACAACUAGUAGUACGGAGAAUGUUGGAAGCUUAGUACAAGUUCAAGAUAUGGAAUCUGCUCGUCACGUCCCUCCCCCUCCCAAAGUGCCAUCACCGUCUCUUUCUGGUGCUUUGAAAGACGAACCUAAGCAGACAUCUCCUAUCCAGCAUUCAUCAGAUGUUAAGGUAAAAGAAGCUGAUGCUGCAAGUGAAGGAAAGGCUGUCAACACAGUGACGAAUUCUUUGGAGAAGAGAACUGCAAAAAAAACCGAGCAACCUGAACCAACACCUGAAUCAAUGAGUACCAAAGAGCCAAUAUCUCCAGAGAGUGCUCCAGUGCCUGAAGAGGGCCAGGAAAAGUCUCUUGGUGCUGAGCAAGGAAAGAAGAAAAAAAAGAAAAAAGCACGCGUACCUCCAAGUGGUACUGAUAUGCAAUGGAGAGGUUUUCAAGAGCUUGCACCUGAAAACCAUUCUGGGAUGCCUCUAGGACCUCAAGCCCAAGCCUACAACCCUUACUGGGGUGGGGGAAUGCCAAUGGCGUUUGACGGAUUUAUGGCGCCAUUUGGUGGUGCCAUGCCUUAUAGUAUGGGUUACGCUCCAGGUCCUUUUGAUGUUCCUUUCGGUGCAAUGCUACCACCAGAUCCAUUUGCAGCGCAGGGCUAUAUGAUGCCACCUCUUCCUCCGAGGGACCUCUCUGAGUUAGGAUUUAAUGGUAUGAUCAUGAAUAAAGCAGCUCCAAUGAGCAGGGAGGAAUUUGAGGCGAGGAAAGCUGAUAUCAGAAGGAAGCGUGAAUUUGAGCGUCUUAAUGAAAGGGAGAGGUCGAGAGAUGGUAGAGGCGUUGGCAAGGAAGUUAGCAGCAGUGGUGCCAAUGCUUCUCCAAUGAAGGGAAAGCCCGUAUGUCUCGUAAUUAUUGCUAAUGUUCGAUUUACGUUUUUACAUUUGUGCACUCUGAUGGGCUUCUUUGUGCUAGCUUGGUUUGCAAAUUUGCGUUAUGGGUUUGAUAAGUUCACUCUUUUUUCUCCCCCUUUUUUUUCCCUCUGAUUAUUUUCUUUUUGGUCGUGUUAAUAAUUUCAUAGUAACUAGGUAUUUGGGUCAGUCAAAAUAAACAGAGUAUAUGCACCAGAUGUGCCUCCUAA